GGUAGUUCGGAUAGUAUGUCGAAAAUUCGCGUAUCGUAUAGAUUUGCAAGAGAGUAGGAUGAUAAAGAAAUCGCGAGAACAACCAUCGGUUUACAUGAAUAAUGAUUUUAAGACAGUUUCUACUCGUAAGACUUGCGAGCAUCUUUUUUCGAGAACGGUCAGAUUUCUGAAAAUGUAAAUCUAUCGAUUGAUAAUCAAGUUGAAAAUUUCGACUACAAAAUCCUUCUGAAAUAUUACAUUCAGAUAAUUUUUCUAUUUAAUCUUGCGUGUAUAUCGCGAAGGUCGAAUAUCGUGAACGUUGUGUCAAUCUUUUCUCAAGUGCACGAUAGCAAAUUUGCAUACAAUUUCACGAAAACGAGAAAUUUCUGCACUAGCAAGUGGGUUUAGCGUCUACGAACGAAUCUUUCAUGUUACACGGUUAAAGGAAGAAAAUAAAACUAGCGUAUCAAGUAUCGGCAUCCCUUAGAAUGAUGAAAGAAUCGAAUGGCAUGAAAAACACCAUAGACGGUAUAGAUCCAAACGAGACCACCACGUUAAAAUCGAAGUUGGAAACCUUCGACGAUAUCUUGCCGUAUGUCGGUGACUUCGGCAGAUAUCAGUUGCUGCUUUUACUGGCUUUGCUUCCCUACAGCGUGGCAUAUGCUACCCUAUACUUUUCGCAGUUCUUCCUCACUUUGCUACCUCAGGAACAUUGGUGCAAGAUUGAGGAACUAAUCUCUUCAAACUUUACGCAGGAAGAAAGAAAGGAAAUCGGCAUACCAAAGUCUCAGAAUUAUCCGUAUUAUGAUCGAUGCCAUCGACGGGACCUGGACUUUUUCUCCAUUUUAAAUCACAAGGAUAUUCGCUCGAUCGAAUGGAAGACGAACGAAACUGUAGGCUGCAAUCAGUGGGAAUACAAUUUCACGCAGAUUCCGUACGCCAGCAUAGCGGCUGAGCUAGAUUGGGUAUGUGACCAGGAAUAUCUCAUCUCGACGGCACAAUCGAUCUUCUUCUGCGGUUCCAUCGUCGGCGGUUUCUUCUUCGGAUGGAUCGCCGAUCACAAAGGGCGGAUUCCCGCCUUGAUGCUAUGCAAUGGCGUUGGCCUCUUGGCUUCGAUCGCGACCGCAAGCGCGAAUACCUUCUGGUCCUUCGCCGUCUGUAGAUUUUUUACCGGUUUGGCUUUCGAUAAUUGCAUCAACAUCCCGCUGAUUAUCGUGGUCGAGUACAUGGCCGUGAACAGACGAACUCUGGUCGUCAACGUCGCCUUCGGUUUAUAUUUCGCUCUCGGAAGCACAGUUCUGCCAUGGAUCGCAUAUUAUGUCGCAAACUGGAGAUUCUUCGCCUAUGUCAGCGCGUUGCCCAUGAUGAGCGUCUUUAUUACACCUUGGAUUCUUCCUGAAAGUGCUCGAUGGUUCGUCGCCAAUGGCAGAAUAAACAAAGUCGUGCAGAAGUUGCAGUGGAUAGCAAAGGUCAACAAGAAGAGCCCCGAUACGCACAUCUACGAAAUUUUCGUCAGGAACUUGACAGCAUCCGACAUUCAAACGGAAAGCGCAACCUUAUUCGAUCUAGUAAAGUCACCGCGUUUAGCGAAGAACGCUGUCUUGCUAAUUUUCUUCUGGUCCUUGACGAUGAUAGCCUUUGACGGCCACGUAUACUCCCUCAAGCUGAUCCCAAGCUCGGUAUUCGUGUCCUUCUCUCUUGCUUGUGCAACCGAACUGCCGGCCGGGCUAUUGCUGAUGUUGCUACUAGAUCGCUGGGGUCGUCGAUUCUGCGGAUUUAUCACUCUGGCCAUGACUUGUUCCUUCAGUUUCGCCGAGUUGCUAUUGCAAUCGAGUAUAGCGAAACUGGCAAUGUUGGUGCUCUCACGAUUUUGUCUAAAUAUGACAGCCAAUGUAGGUCUACAAUACGCCGCGGAAUUAUUACCAACGCCCAUUAGGACGCAAGGGGUCUCGUUGAUCCACAUUUUUGGUAUAAUCGCUCACUCCGUCGCGCCAUAUGUGGUGGACAGUGCUAAGAUUUGGGACGGUUUACCGAUGAUGAUCAUUAGCGUCGUAUCUCUGUUGGCCGCAACGCUGAUAUUAUUCCUACCGGAAACGCUCGGUCGCGAUCUCCCGCAGACUCUACGUCAGGGUGAGGAGUUCGGCAAGGAUCAAAGCUUCUGGACACUACCCUGUUGCAAAAGCUCGGACCGGCAUCGACAUUAUCGUCCGCGCGAGCUAUAGUUCUUUUAAUUCUGCUAUAUUAUAAUGAUUCUCUCCGGCUCUGCAACGGUCGAGAAAAUGUAGUUAAGAAAUUUUUUACACCGCCCUUUAUUCGCGUGCGGUAUAUAGCAAUAUAUAUAUAUAUAUAUAUAUAUAUAUAUAUAUAUAUGUAUAUAUAUAUAUAUAUAUACAUAUAUAUAAUCAAUAAUUCUAUGCCUUCUUUUGUAUCAAUCAAUAAAAUUUAUAGACAAGAUCAA